UUUCUCGUUAACGUAAAGAUCUCUGUUGUAUGAAAUAAUAUUUCUGUAGGUGAUUUGACAUCUCCAAAAUGGGCCAUUAAAUUGGAAUUCAUGAAAAAGCAAUUUCAAAAUUUCAAAGUCCAAAGUUCCCAUUUCCGUGACACCAAAUACAGUAUAAUUUGAAAUUAAUUGACAUUUUAUGAUUUAAGUUUUCAUAAUGUAUGCAUUUACGUUUUAUUUGGAUGGGUUAGAAAUGUUGGCUAAUUGUGAUAUACAUAUUCUUUGAGUGUUUUGGAUAGUUGAAACCUUAAGAAUUUUGGCGUACGGUUGAGCUUCUUGCAGUUGGAAUGAACCAUGAUUGUUGCUCCACCUUAUCAUUAUGGAUAGUGUCUUAAUUUUAUGCAAUAAGGUUGUUAGUUAGUGUUUGUAAAGAUUUUGUUAGUUUUCUUCUUUUGCUUUUAUAGAUGGAAUCUGGACAGCAUUUUGAUAUUUCCAAUUUUAACAAACCUACAACUGCUGCAACUGAAGAAGACAAUGUAAGAGAAGGCGACUCUUUAUCAAAUGGACCUAAUUUUGAUCCAAGCUCGACCUAUGAAAAGGAACCAGGCCGGGUUCUCAUGAAUUUGCCGGACGUCUCCUAUAUUUACAGACAAGAUGUUGUAAAAAGAAAGACUAACAGUAAGAUAGGCAUUGUGACUGAAGUUGCUGGUGACUCAGAUUCAGAUAGCAUCAUAACUGACGACAAAGAUGGGGAGAAGGAGGAGAACGACGACGAAGUUGGUUCUAAUGAGGAUGGUGAAGUGGAUAAUAUAAAUUUUGAUGAAAGUGCUGAUGAAAUUACUGACAAUAAUAACAGUAGGAGCAGUCCUCUUUCCACUGACCAAGUUAGAGUUCUCUGGAUGGAUGAGUCUGAAACAACAGAAAUUAAUACUGACGUGACAGUUGUAGAUAGAGGAUUUUUAGAUGGGGAUUAUGUUGCUUCUGUUUCUGAUCCGACAGGUCAAAUAGGUAUCGUUGUUGAUGUCAAUAUCUCUGUUGAUUUAUUAACUCAUGAUAAAUCUAUUUUAAAAGAUAUAUCAGCUAGAAACUUGAAACGCGUAAGAGAUUUUACCAUUGGUGAUUAUGUAAUCCUUGGACCCUGGCUAGGUAGAGUUGAUGGUGUUUUGGAUAAUGUAACGGUUUUGCUUGAUGAUCGCUCUGUAUGUAAAGUCAUGAAAGCAGAUCCAGUCCUCCUAAAACCUGUUGGUAAGAACAUUCUUGAAGACGGACACUUCCCAUACCAUCCGGGCCAGCGUGUUAAGGCAAGCUCCUCCUCAGUUUUCAAAAAUUCUAGGUGGCUAUCUGGAUUAUGGAAAGCCAAUCUGUUAGAGGGCACUGUCACUAAAGUUACUGUUGGAUCUGUGUUUAUUUAUUGGAUUGCAUCUGCUGGGUAUGGGCCUGACUCUGCUACUACUCCAGCUGAAGAGCAGAAUCCCAAGAACUUAAAAUUAUUAUCUUGCUUUGCACAUGCAAACUGGCAGUUGGGUGAUUGGUGCCUUCUUCCAUCAUCUCUGAUAUCAUCCUCCACAUGCCUGGACAAGGAAUUAUCGAUACUAGAGACUCCCCGUUCUGCUAAAGAUGAACUGGAGUCUGCUGAAACAGAGGAUGAGUCUGAUGCAGAAGUGAUGAAUUCAGAGGAAUCAAAUGGGAACAGUAAACCAAUGGCAAAUAAUGAAGAUGCUUCUUUGGAUAUAAACAGUCAAAGCUUCGAGAAUAAUGCCCCUGAAGAAUUGAACAUAUGCAGUAGUUCAAUGUCUGUUACAAAGGAAGGUGUCCAUGGGACCUGGUCCAUUCAGCAUAAAAAGAUCCGUAAAAUUGCAGUCAGGAGGGACAAAAGAGCUUGGAAGAAAAUAGAAAAUUUUGAGAGGGCAGUUUUGAUUGUCAAUACAAAGACGAAAGUUGAUGUUGCCUGGCAGGAUGGAACAAUAAAGCAGGAUCUGGAAUCCACAUCUUUGAUUCCUAUCGAUAGUCCAGGUGAUCAUGAGUUUGUUGCUGAACAGUAUGUAGUGGAGAAGGCUGCUGAUUACAGUGACGAUGCUGCUGAGAUAGGACGUGUUGGAGUAGUGAAAAGUGUCAAUGCAAAAGAGCGGACAGCUUGUGUUAGGUGGUUAAAGCCGGUUGCCAGGGCGGACGAUCCCAGAGAAUUUGAUAGAGAGGAAGUGGUAAGUGUUUAUGAGCUAGAGGGGCAUCCUUACUAUGACCAUCAUUAUGGAGAUGUAGUUGUUCGGUUGUCGCCUGUUUCUGUACCCGGAAAAAUGGAUUCUUUCAUUGAGUCUGUUGAUGAACCAAUCCAGAUUAUUAGUUCAAAUAAGUCUAACCAAGAUAAGAAAAUGUAUCCCAGAAGUAAGAAGGUACAGAGCUCAUCUGCUGAUGAUGUGCCUAGUGAAUUUUCAGAUCUCUCUUGGGUUGGGAACAUCACUGGGCUAAAAAAUGGUGACAUUGAAGUUACCUGGGCUGAUGGGAUGAUCUCGACGGUUGGUCCGCGGGCAAUAUAUGUUGUUGGUCGCGAUGAUGAUGAGCCUAUUGCCGCUGGAAGUGAAGCUAACGAUGAUGCAGCUAGCUGGGAAACUGUUGAGGAUGAUGAUUCGGAAAAUGUUGAGAAUUCCAAGCAGGACCUCAGUACAGAAAAUGCAACUGACAUUAGGCUGGAAUCUGAAGAAAGCGAGAUUAUUGCUGAAAAUUCUGGAAAGAAUGGAGCUCUAUCAAUUCCCCCUGCAGCACUUGGGUUUAUGACCAGACUAGGCUCUGGAAUAUUUGCAAGGGGACGCCAGCGCUCAGAUCUAAUGGAUUUGGAUUCCCGAAGUGAAGAUGAACUUCAAUCUGAGGGAUCCACUCUAGAAAGAGACCCAAACAAUGAAUCGAGCUCCCAGAAACCUAGUGAUAUUGACAAUCAUCUCAUAAAUGAUGCAGCAGAGGCCCAAGAUUUAUUAGAAAUUGCUGAAGCUCUUUGUAACUUGAAACCGCUAGGAACUGCUCCUACUCCAUGUGACAAGGGCACUUCUAGGUUCGAAGGCUUUGAUAUUGUUAGAGGUCCUCAUGACCAUUAUUUUCUUGGUGCACAUGGACUGGGGAUAUAUGUGCGUGUGUAUGAAGAUAGAAUGGAUCUCUUGAGGGCGGUGAUACUUGGAACUUAUGGUACACCUUAUCAAGAAGGGCUUUUCUUCUUUGAUUUUCACCUCCCACCAGAUUAUCCUGACAUUCCACCUUCAGCUUAUUAUCAUUCUGGAGGGUGGCGAAUAAAUCCUAAUUUAUACGAGGAAGGCAAGGUCUGUCUUAGUCUUUUGAAUACAUGGACGGGCAGAGGAAACGAGGUCUGGGAUCCUUCAUCCUCAAGCAUUCUUCAGGUCCUGGUUUCACUCCAGGGACUGGUACUAAAUUCCAAGCCAUAUUUCAAUGAACCGGGAUAUGAUAAACAAAUUGGGACAGCUGAAGGGUAGAAAAAUUCGUCGUCUUACAAUGAGAAUACAUUUUUGUUGAACUGUAAGACAAUGAUGUAUCUGAUGCGGAAACCUCCAAAGGUGAUAAAAACCAAAUUCAACUCAUUUUCGCCUGCCAAGUUGCUGUUGCAUCAUUUUUCCUGAACAAUCAUAGAC